AAUUUACAACUGUUUUGAACUAUGGUUAUACAACAAUCAAGAAUCUAGAUACACCAGAUACAGUUCUUUUAAAUGAAAAAAGUUACAAAAGGGUAGUGGAUGGACUUGUUCAUAACGAUGCUCAUAACGAUAUUCACGAUUUACUAUCAUCUAUUAAUAAUGUUUUCUUGGAAGAGGGUUCUCAUCCAGAAGCCAUGGCAAAUGAGAGUGAAUUAAUGCUCGAUAAUCAAGUAUCACUACAAGAACAAUCUAAAGUGUCUCUAGAGCAAUAUAAUGAACAAAUUGGUUCUCAAGAUAAUCAGCAAGCUAUGAAUUUUAUCCGUAAAGAUAAGCAGGGAAGUUCAUUACAAAUUGACGACUCCGAGUAUGAGAUUAUUGAUGAUGGUGAAUCAUCGAAAGUUAAUGAACAACUAUAUGAAAUUCAAACAGAAGCCAACACAUUAUUUUCUGAUCACCAGUCUGAUGAUUCACUGCCUUAUGAAAAGGACAAUAAACCUUUGCGUAUUAAUAGAUUGGCUCCAUUAAAUAUUUCACGUAAAAAGAAAGAAAGAGCACAAAUACAGUACACCUCUUUAUCUAAUUCAUCCGAAGCUGAUUCUGAUAAAGAUGAAUCAACAUCAUCGGAUGCGAAUGAUAUAACCGAAGCGCAAAUAUCCAGUAAGUUAUCACAAAAAUAA